UAUUCCUCACAUUUCUCACAUCCUCAGCGAUGCGUCCUCCUCUAUAAACGCCUCCGGUCCACCUCGAGGCACAGCGAUGAAGAAGAAGCUCAGUACGAUGCUGCGUCCCAAACGUGGCAGGCAGGUCGGUGCCACCAACGACUGUGCUGCCGACCCAUCCGCCGCACUGGGCUCCAGUUCUCCAGCAAGUUCUGAAACUGUCCAAGAAUCAGCCUCACAAAUCAGACACCUGGCGAUGUCGCUGCACAGCCACAACCUCCUCAAGUUCCUGAACGAGGACCGGACUCGGCAGAAGUUCUGCGAUGUGUCAGUGUCUGUAGGUGGGAAGACCUACAGCGCCCACAAGGUGGUGUUGGCCCACGGCAGCAGCUAUUUCCAUGCGGAGCUGUCCAAGAACCCAGCCGCAACAACACACGUGACUCUGGACCACGUGGAGGACUCUGUUUUCCAGCACCUGCUUGGCUUUUUGUACACGGCCGAGUGCGUUGUUGCAGAGACGGAGCUCCCGGCGCUGACUGAAGCGGCCCGAUUCCUGGACAUGAUGGAUAUAUUAAAGCUGCUAUGUGAAGAAGGAGAGCACAACCCUGUACGUGUAAUCCAGGCUGAGACAAGAGGCUCUCCUAAGGUGGAAGUUACCUCCAGUGACUCAUCGGGACCUGACGCAGACAUCCGGAGCCCGACUGACGUUAUGUCCACCCCGUUCAGUCGUCGAUUUGGAAACUCCCUGCAGGACGCCUCAGCUGAGGGUCACACCGACGUUCAGCAGGAAGCCUCAACUGAAGAAGUGAAGACGACCGGUCAGAGGAGCGCUACCACACGGAGAUCAGCUCGUCGGAAGAGAACGCCGACCAAGUACAAGAGGGAUGAUGUGGAGUGCUCUGUCACCACUCAUGAGGAAAAACACAGAACCGUAUCAUCAAGGCAGAAGGAUGAAGGCAGAGUAGAGGCAGCAGCAGCAGCAGAGGUGGUUGUGAAAACCCCAACGACCACACUGGAUGACACGUCUAAACCAGCUCAGGGGGACGAUGUCAUGGAUGAUGAAGAGGAGGAGGAAGAGGAAGGAGACAUGAACGUGGACGUCGUUGCCCAGAAGAAAGUUACCGAGGUUUGUGGGGCAGACAGGAGUGCAGGUCAGCAGAGUUCAGAGGCAGAAAGGACAGAACAGCCAUCUGUUCGAGAGGUGGAAGUUCACACGACAGCAGCAGCAGCAGCAGGAAGCUCCAACCAGAGUCCAGUUUACCCAGAAGGUCUGGCUCCGGUCAUCAUCCAAACCUCCAGCAAGAAGACUCUCAAGUGUCCCAAAUGUGACAAGACCUUUGACCGUGCAGGGAAAUAUGAGAGUCACACCCGAGUGCACACAGGAGAGAAACCGUUCCAGUGUGACAUCUGUCUCCAGCGUUACUCCACCAAGUCCAACCUGACCGUGCACAAGAAGAAGCACGCCAGCGACGCUCCCUUCCAGAAGAAAGAGCACAAAUGUCCCUUCUGCAACAAGCUCCACGCCAGCAAGAAGACCCUGGCCAAGCACGUCAGGAGGUUUCAUCCAGACCACAUCCAGGAGUUUCUCACCAAGAGGAAGAGGAAGAGUGAGGGCUGGAAGUGUGCUAUUUGUUUGAAGACCUUCACCCGCAGACCUCAUCUGCAGGAGCACAUGAUUCUUCACACCCAAGACCGGCCUUUCAAAUGCUCCUUCUGCGACGAAUACUUCAAAUCUAGGUUUGCGAGGCUGAAGCACCAAGAGAAGUACCACUUAGGCCCGUUUCCCUGUGAGAUCUGUGGCCGUCAGUUUAAUGACACAGGCAACAGAAAGAGACACAUCGAGUGCACACAUGGAGGCAAAAGGAAGUGGACCUGCUUCGUUUGUGGGAAAUCGGUGAGGGAAAGGACAACAUUGAUGGAGCACUUGAGGAUUCACAGCGGAGAGAAACCUCAUCUCUGUAGUAUUUGUGGCCAAAGUUUCCGUCAUGGCAGCUCCUACAGGCUCCACCUCAGAGUCCACCACGACGACAAGCGUUACGAGUGUGACGAAUGCGGAAAAACCUUCAUACGCCACGAUCACUUGACCAAACAUCAGAAAAUACACUCUGGUGAAAAAGCACACCAGUGUGAAGAAUGUGGAAAGUGCUUCAGGCGGCACGACCAUCUGACAGUCCACUACAAAAGUGUUCAUUUGGGAGAAAAAGUCUGGCAGAAGUAUAAAACAGCUGUACACCAGUGUGAGGUUUGCAAGAAAGAGUUUAAAGGAAAGUCCAGUCUAGAAAUGCACUUUAGGACACAUUCAGGAGAGAAACCUCACCGAUGUCCCGAGUGCCAUCAGACGUUUCGGAUCAAGAAGACCUUAACGAAACACAUGGUGAUCCACUCAGACGCUCGUCCUUUUAACUGCCCCCACUGCAGCGCCACCUUCAAAAGAAAAGACAAGCUCAAGUACCACGUGGACCACGUGCACAGCGCCCGCUUCACUGAGCAGCCGCUCAGCACGCUCAGCGAGGACAAAAUAGUCUCCAUUCCCUUUGAGGAAACUUCCAAAGUGUACCACGCCGAGCCUAAACCCGCCCUCCAGAACCCCCCCACCUCCACGGACGCCUGCGUGCCCGUCUCUUUAGUUCCCGUUCAGAUGGCGGGAGGAGCGCAGGAUGACUUGAACGCUCACAGAGCCUCGUCUCUGUCCUCCCAGACUCACGGCCACGUCAGCAUGCAGGCCCAAGGACAGCAGCAGAACCCUGGCUACCAGGCCGCUACGGACCUGGCCUUCCUGGAGAAGUACACCCUCACCCCUCAGCCCGCCAACAUCGUCCACCCCGUGAGGCCCGAUCAGAUGCUGGACCCUCGGGAGCAGUCCUACCUGGGCACGCUGCUGGGCCUGGACUCAGCUUCCUCUGUGCAGAACAUCUCCAACUCUGAUCACACCCACUGAUGCUCUGCAGCCACAAACUGGGACUUUAAGGCACAGAGAUGUAAGCUGGAUGGUAGAGUUCUUUAUCUCUGAUCUCCGUGUAAAAUCAUUGGACUCAAGACAGAAAACAUGAGAUGCUGCUGCUAAAUAGCCAGACUGGGCCGAUGUGAUUGAAACCACAGUCUGCACGCUUAAACCAAACCACACUGACCAAUGGGUGAGCACGGACAAGCCCUGAACGUUUCAGUCCACUUGAAAUAAACACAAUUGAAUUAAGUUAGAUUUUAUUGAAUAAAUCCAAAUUACAUAUUAGCUACAUCUCGCUUAUAUCUGCACUUGAUCAAAUUAGCACUUGAUAAGAUGUUUUUGAUAUUCUCACAGUAAACUCGUUUCUCACUGAUGUGAAUGUGUUUGUGUGGCAUACUGAGGAGGAAGAACACUGUGGAUUUGACUUAAAAAGAAAGGUUAUAUAAGAUGAUGAACCACAACAAAACCCCCAUCAUGCCUGCCUCUUUUUGAUAUUCCUUCAGUGUUUUUUCUUCAGGUCCCUGCUGCACACGUCGAUGUAAGUCUUUUGGUGUCACUUACUGUUUCCCAUUUUGUAUUGUUUUAUACGAGCACUGAUGCAAUUUUAAUUAUUUAAUACUAAAUAAAAGCAAUUGACGGUUUUGAACAAAUUGAUAAAUCAGGUAAUUUGUUGAGUAAAACGUCAUUUAGUGGGUCGAACUUCUGAUUAAUUAACUGUUUGUCAAAUAAAACGAAUCACUGACGGCUGGAAGAAGCUUCAACUGUGGCCUUAACUUCUACUCUAAUCUGUGUGCGGCCGAUACAAGCUGUCGCACAUAAGCUUCGGGUUCGACAUGUAGGAUUUCUUUUUGCCUGUGCAGCAUUCACAUGAGCACAACAACUCAUUUUUUUUUAAAGCUAUGUAUGCGUGCAAGAACCUGACUUCAGAGAAAACUGUUAAAUCAUCACAUUUUGUUAUUGAGAAAACACGUCUGUCCCGAGGAUUCUUCACAUUCUGACUCCGUGGUGUGUCGUGGUCAAUAAAACUUCAACUGAAAGCA